AUGAAGCUGUCGCUUCACAUACAAAAGUUGGCUUCUACGCCCAAGGGAGCUUUUCGCGUCACGCCUAGCCUGAGUGUUUCUCGCCAUGCUUCUACAUCCACUUCCACAUCUGCCUCAACAGCGUCAACGACAACAGCGAGCAAAGACCUCACAUCCACAUUUGUCCGUGACCAAACACCUCAUCUGACUACGACCGAAUCAGUAUCAAAACCGUUACCUAAAAUAUCUAAUUCAGAUUUUUUCAACUCUUCUUUACCACCCAAUUUCCCAACCCCAAAGGCGAGUGAACGUGAAAAUGAUGCUUUAUUGGAGUUACAAGGAUUGAUAGCUCUGCCGCCAAGCUUUAGAACUGAAAUUGGCUCUGCCAAAAUAUGGCAAAAGUACAUAUCACUCUCACCUUCUUUUAGACGUUCAUUACCCAUCGAUUUCCUACAAAAAGUGUUUCAAUAUGUUAUACCUAAUCGAAAACAUGUCAAAGACUUAUCCUCAUUACCUGAACUGGAAAACCCGAAAGAUGUAUCGAUAUCCAAAGGUUCAGUAUUGAGAGAAAGGUUGAAACAUCAUUCAUCGUUAGGAAGUAAAUGGGAAAGAAGGUUAAGGACAAUCGCCUCUGAUAUCCUAUCAUCACCACUAUCCAAAACUAUCGAUCCUCAAAUAUUCAUCAAUGGUUUAUCUAAAUUAGCUAUGGUAGGUGAUAAACAAGGAUGUGAAAGUAUAAUAAGAGAAGUCAUCAUUCGAUAUGAAGAUAAAUUGACUUUUAGACAAUCAAGGAUAAUGUAUGGAUAUGGUUUAAGAUCCGUAUCAAAAUGGUUAAAAAUUCAUGGACAUCGAUUUAGAACAAAUCAAUCAGAAAUUCAAGAAGCUGCUGAAACUUCAAAGAGAUUAAUCAGAUCAAUGCAAGAGAAAAACGUUAAACCAAAUUCAACAACAGCUGAAAAUCUUUUGAAUAUAUCCAGAUUAGUUUCAUCCACUUCCAAUGAUCAAGAAAGCAUUAAAUCUUUUGAUAAUCUCACAGAAGCAAUAUUGACUAAUGGUUAUUCAUUAGAUUUGGCAAAUCUGUCGUUUGAAUCCGAGGAAAAGAUCUCACAGUUGAAACCCAGUGUCAAAUUAGCUAUCAUCGAUUUAUUAGGAAGAAAAGGAAAAUUAUAUGAGAUGGUGGCUGCUUUUGAGAGCUUGUUCCCAGGUGACAUAGAUAGAUUACCAAAUAGAUCAACCGAUGAUUCGAUAUUAGGACGAGGAGAAGAAGAAGAAGAAAUACCGACGUUGUCAAGGUUAAUUGCGGCUGAACAAGCUGAAAGGGCUGAGCGGGGUUGGUUUGGUGUAAGAACUGUCAGAGAAGACGAAUCUUCAGAUAUCUCAUCAAGUCUUCUUGACGAUCAACCUGGACCUCAACCGCGUCAAUUCAAUGAUUAUCUCCCACCAAUCCCGACACCCUAUGAAAUCAUCCACCCAUCCGCCCUUUCAUCUUCUUCGUCACUACACACAUCCAUACUUCAUAACAUACAAUCAAGUAGCUCGACAUCAAACUCUAAUUGGGGCGUAGACGGAGAAGGAGCAAUAGUUUCUUCAAUCUUUUCUAUGCUAUCGAGAGCAUGGCAAUCGAAAAUCAAAACAUCAUCGAAUGAUACAGUAUACAAGGACAUCGCAAUACACACUCUACGAAUAGCUCUUCGUGCGGCUCAUACUGAGCAGUCUAGAUUCGUGUAUGCGCUGAAAGAAGGAAGUGAGGUCAUUCCCAAUGGACCUGCAUUGAGAAUCGAAGAGAACUGGUUCAAAGCUGUUUGGAGAAUAGUGCGAUGGACUAGAAGUACAAGUAGGAGAGGAACCAAAUUCUCCAAAAUUAUCUUAGAGGAAUUACAAGAUGUCAAGCAAAGAAUAGAGCAAGAACGAGUUAUUCUUUCGUCGCUGUUAUCCAGUCCAGCUGAUCAAAGCGAGCUCCCAGAAGCGCCCUCCAACCCAAUAUUAGCUAUUGACAUUCCGAGGAUAAUCGAAGAAAUAGAGAAAUUACAGUUAUCGUUGGCGCAAGUGGAGGAGACAAUACAGACUAAUGUGGGUAUCGCCAUCGAAAGAAAAGCAAGAUCGAAUUCUGCUCGUUUGGUAAAGCUCGAAGAAAGGAAAGAAGCUCUGCUACCGAACAAGGGGAGGAAGAAAGGAGGCCUAAGUGGGAAUCUAAUGAGCAUAAAUAAAGUCGAGAGGGACGAAAAGAGUUGGGCAGGCGAGGGGGCUCCCGUUAUUGCUUAG